AUGAGCUGGGAACCUGCGGCCCGUGAGGUACGGGAAGCCCUUGAGAGUGCCAUCCCACCCAAGUGGAAGCUCCCGAAGGGGUUCAAAGUCAACUCGAAAGAUGUUACUCGAGUGCCUCUAGAGUGCGGCCUUCUCUCUGAAGAAGAGAUUCGCAUCACGGAAUUGGAUGCAUCUAGUUUAGUGUCCAAGCUAUCUACAGGAAAGCUGUCGGCCGCAGCCGUUGCUGAGGCUUUCUGCGCUCGAGCGGCGGUCGCACAUCAGCUCGUCAACUGCCUGGCGGUAUUCUUUCCUGAUCAGGCGCGAAAGAGAGCCGCAGAGUUGGACGAGCAUUUCAAGCGGACUGGAAAGCCAAUCGGGCCACUUCAUGGUGUACCAAUUGCCCUCAAGGACACCUUUGACGUCCCUGGCUAUCCUACCACAUGGGGCUAUGUUGCAAGCUGGAAGAAGAAGGCCAACCGUGAGUCGGCAAUCGUAACCGUCCUGCGAGAAGCCGGAGCUGUCUUCUACUGCAAGACCACAAUGCCCCAGACUGGAAUGUUAUUGGAAACAGUGAGCAACCUUUUUGGCCGCACCUUGAAUCCCUUCAACCCCGCAUUCGGCCCGGGUGGAAGUUCUGGAGGCGAUGGUGCUCUGGUGGCCAUGAAAGGAAGUCCUUUUGCUCCAUCUACAGACAUUGGCGGCUCAAUCCGUGCUCCCGCAGCAUUUAAUGGAUUAUAUGGAAUUCGUCCUUCAGCUGACCGGAUACCAAAACGAUCUAUGAAAAGCGUGGAGAGCGGCCAGCUAAAUAUCCGUGUUUCGUGUGGCCCGGUGUGCCACAGUGCAUCGGAUCUCAAACUCAUGACAAAGGUGGUCACAACUUGGCCGUCCGCAAGAUAUGAUACGGCAAGCAUGCCUGUUCCGUGGAGAGAGGUAGAUAAAUCCGGACAGAAACUUGCCUUUGGUCUUUGGGAGUUUGACGGCGCCGUGAUGCCUCAUCCUCCAAUCCUUCGAGCUUUGCGAGAGUCGGCUGAGAAGCUGAGUAAAGCCGGUCAUGAAGACUUUUGGGAGGCUUCCGAAGUUUACAUGAGGCUUUACUACCAAUGCGGAAUCGAAGACAGCACCAAGUUGCUGGCAGAAGCAGGCGAGACGAUGAUGCCGGCUGCUAAAAAGAUGUGUGACAUAUAUGGAAUCAAGAAUGAAUCCAUUAGCGCCAGAGAAGUUAUCAAGCUUGUCCAAGCACAAAAUAGAUAUCGGGAAACCCUCUCCGACUUCUGGGACGCUACUAAGACUUCAACAGGGCGCCCUAUGGAUGGCAUUCUGUGCCCAGUCUCUUCUGUAGCAGGUUACCCUCAUGACUUCCUGCCCUAUUGGGGUUACACCUGCUUUUUCAAUCUCGUAGAUUACCCUUCGACUGUUUUGCCUGUUAAGGAUAUCAAGAUCAACGCUGGAGAUGACCCGAAAUAUUUGUCUUACCAGCCUCAGAACAAUCCGUUCGAUACAGAGAACCGAGAUAUUUAUGACCCUGAUCUAUGGUCGAGUCAACCCGUCACUAUCCAAAUUGUGGCUCGACCAUUCGAUGACGAGGAACUAUUGUCUGUGACUGAGGUUGUGGAUCGGGUGAUUAACCCCGCACAAAAGCCAAUGCUAUAG